AAUGAACAAAUAACACCAACAUCAACACCUACACAAAAAAGAAAAGAAACAAAAAGAAAAUCAAAUUUAUUCACAGUAAGAAAUUUUGUCCUAUUGUCAUGCAUCAAUGCAUACAUAUAUAUAUAUACUCUUUUGUCUAUUAUGUUCAAUUAUACUUUAUCUAUAGUUUCUUCUCGUCUCGAUAGACUCUAUAUAUAUAUAUAUUUUUUCUUUUGAAUAAUUUAUUAAUUCAAAAGCUUUUAGAUAAGAAUAUAACUUAUAAUUUAAUUAUUAUAUAAUCGUAUUGUCAAAUUUAUUUUGAGAAAUAUGCAGGGUGUGCUGGUUGUCGAUAAUAAACAUCGAUAAAAAAAAAUGUUUAGAAUAAUUAUCAGUAUUGAUAUGAAAAUUUCGUCAAGAGUAUAGUACGCAUGUCGUGAGAACAAACUUCAGCUUGGUUAUUUCUAGUUAAAAAGACAGUAAUGAGGCGUUGUCAAUGGGUGUAUCCUAUUUUGUAGUGGUGGAUUCAAAAGUCUUGUUGCAUUAUAUUUCUUGAAAUAACAUAAUUAUUGGAUUAGUUACUCAAACGAGUAACCAUAGUUACCUGUUUGUAUUAUAAGACAUUUUACGUAUUCUUUUUAUUUUAGCCUGGAAAAAAAGACGAAGAUAAAAAUAAAUCAGAUCGACUUGGCCACGGUCGAGCAAUACCAAUUAAACAGGGUUUCCUAUAUAAAAAAGGCACGAACAGUAUUAAUCGAGAUUGGAAAAAGAAAUAUGCUGUUUUAUUAGAUGACGGUCGAAUUAUUUAUCAUCCAUCAUUCCAUGAUUAUGAAAAUGAUUCUCAUGGUAAAGAAAUAAUUCUUCAACGUACAACAAUUAAAAUUCCUGGUUCGAAUAAACCUCGUGUUGCUUUACGUAGUUCAAGCAAUGAUAAUAAAUUAAAUGAUGUUACAUCAACAGAUUCAAUAUCUACUACAGCAGGUAAAAUUGAAACACCAAAUGCAAAAAAACGUCAUCGUCGUCUACAACAAUCUAAUACACCUAAUUCAACAAAUAAUUCAACAACAUCAAAAUCAACAUCAAACACAAAUGGUGGUGAUGAUGAUGGCGAUGAAAAUGUUUUUAUUAUUGUAUCAUUGGAUAAACAAUGGUUUUUUGAAGCACAAUCAAAUGAAGAACGUGAUGAAUGGGUACAAGCUAUUGAACAACAAAUUUUAUUUAGUUUACAAAAUAUUGAAUCAUCAAAAGCAGCACGAGCCGGUAAAACUGGUGGAGCAACUAUUGCUGAUUCAGCAUCAGUACAAGCUAUUAAACAUAUACCUGGAAAUGGUUUUUGUGCAGAUUGUGAUCAACUAAAUCCAACAUGGGCUUCAUUAAAUCUUGGUGCUUUAAUUUGUAUGGAUUGUGCAUCUUUACAUCGAAAUCUUGGAACACAUUUAUCACGUGUUCGAUCACUUGAAUUAGAUGAAUGGCCACCGGAACUUGUACAAGUAAUGCGUUCAAUUGGAAAUAAAUUAGCAAACACAAUAUGGGAAGUAAAUAUAAAAAAUCGUGUUAAACCUCAACCAAAUGCUUCAUCAUCUGAACGUGAACGAUGGAUAAGAGAUAAAUAUGAGCAAAAAUUAUUUGUUGCACCAUUACAUAUUUUACCUAAUCAAGCACGACAAACACUUAUUGAAUCUAUAACUAAAGAAGAUUUGUAUACUAUUAUACUUCUAUUAGCACAUAGAAAAGUAUCAAUAGAAGAGAUUAAUUCUUCAUUAUUACAUCUAGCUGCUAUGCAAGGAAAUGUUACCAUUCUACAACUUCUACUUUGGUUUGGUGCUGAUCCAUUUAUAACAGAUACGAAUGGUCGUACACCACUUCAAUGUGCAAAUGGUGAUUGUAUUCGAAUACUUCAAACAUUGACUAAUAAUCAAACUGAUUUUCAACAACAACAAUUAAAACAAACAAUAAUUUCUCCGCAACAAAGUACGCUAUCUCGUCAACAACGACCACCAGCAUCAUCUCCUGCACCACCCUAUGAUAAACUUCCAUCGACUGUUAUUUAA